AUGCAGCUCAAGUCUUUCACGUGUGCGGUAUUGCCGCUAUUUCUGAAUCUUGCCAGCGGCUCUCCUGACAGUCGUAUCGCAAGAUGCCUUAAAGCACACACAGGCUCUAGCUCGGCGGCUAACUUCAGCAACAAUGUGUACAAGACCGGCUUCGAUGGUGUGACCUGGGACGAAGACAAUUGGCUUCUGAGCUCAACCAAUUUGGAACAGGGUCGCUUUGAAUCUCGAGGAUCCGUAGCGAACGGAUAUUUGGGUAUCAAUGUUGCCAGUGCUGGCCCUUUUUUUGAGAUUGAUAGUGACGAUAGCAUCAACGGCUGGCCACUUUUCUCUAGACGCCAGUCCUUUGCAACGAUUAGUGGGUUCUUUGACUCGCAGCCUACCACAAGAAGCUCCAACUUUCCCUGGUUGUCCCAGUAUGGAGGUGACAGUGUGAUCAGUGGUGUUCCCCAUUGGGCUGGCAUCAUUUUGGAUGUUGGUGAUGAUACCUAUUUGGAUGCGAAUGUCGACAAUAAGACUAUUGCCAAUUUCCGAACCACAUAUGACUUUAAAGCAGGAAUCUUGGUCUGGUCUUACAAAUGGACUCCUCGGGGCAACAAGGGAUCAUACCAGAUUACCUAUCGUCUUCUCACCCACAAACUGUACGUCAAUCAGGCUAUGGUCGAAAUGGAGAUUAUCCCGACCAUGGGAUCGAAUGCGACCAUCGUUAAUGUGAUCGAUGGAGCUUCUGCAGUGCGCACGGACUGUGUGGAGAUCGGGGAAGACAAUGGUGCAAUCUUCUCGGCAGUACGACCGAAUGGGAUGGCUAAUGUCACAGCUUAUGUCUACGCAAACCUCACUGGGUCACCAAAUGUGAAUCUUUCUUCCCAGAGGAUUGUGUCCGACAAGCCAUAUGUCCACUCCCACAACUCGUCUAUUGCGCAGGCCGUGGAUGUGAACUUCAAACCUGGUCAGGUAGUCCGUGUCAUCAAAUAUGUCGGAGGUGCCUCUACAGAUGCCUUUGAUGAUCCGAAACAAACAGCUAAGGAGGUAGUCUCUGCCGCGAUGAGCAAUGGCUAUGUCAAGUCUCUUGGAACCCAUAUUGCUGAAUGGGAAAAACUUAUGCCCGAAUCUUCUGUUGACCACUACGCGUUCCCCAACGGGACCUUGCCUGCGGAUAGCCACAUUAUUGAUUCAGCAGUAAUCUCUGUGGCCAACACUUACUACUUGCUCCAGAAUACUGUUGGCAAGAAUGGAGUCAAGGAAGCCGCGGGAGCACCGGUAAAUGUGGACAGCAUUUCAGUUGGUGGCCUGACCUCUGACUCCUACGGUGGCCAAAUCUUCUGGGAUGCGGAUGUAUGGAUGCAACCUGGUCUUGUUGCCUCUCACCCAGAAGCGUCUGAGCGGUUCACCAAUUACCGUGUGGCGAGGUAUGCCCAAGCACAGGAGAAUAUGAAGACUGCUUUCAGUGGUUCCAAGAACAAGACACAUUUCAGCCCAUCGGCUGCAAUUUUCCCUUGGACCAGUGGCCGUUUUGGCAACUGUACGGCCACUGGCGCCUGCUGGGACUACGAGUAUCACCUGAACGGAGACAUUGGAAUUUCCAUGGUGAACCAAUGGGUUACAAGUGGUAAUACAAAGCUAUUUAAACAAGAACAUUUCCCAAUCUACGAUUCAGUGGCUACUCUCUAUGCGGACCUGCUGGUUCGAAACGGAUCUUAUUGGACACUGACCAACAUGACUGAUCCCGAUGAGUAUGCCAACCACGUUGAUGCGGGUGGCUUCACAAUGCCGCUUAUUGCUGAGACCCUCCGACAUGCCAACCUCUUCCGUCAGCAAUUCGGACUCGAAGAAAAUGCUACCUGGGAUGAAAUGGCUGACAAUGUCUUGGUGCUCCGUGAAAACGAGAUCACUCUUGAGUUCACUACUAUGAAUGGAAGCGCUGCGGUAAAGCAAGCUGAUGUGGUUAUGGUCACAUAUCCCUUGGGUUAUACUUCAAACUAUACCAGCCAAGAUUCGUUGAAUGAUCUGGACUAUUAUGCAGCCAAACAAUCUGCUGAUGGCCCUGCCAUGACCUGGGCCAUAUUUGCUGUCGUCGCAAGUGAAAUGGCGCCUUCUGGCUGCUCAGCAUACACAUAUGCGCAGUACUCAUAUAAGCCUUACACCCGCGCGCCAUUCUUCCAACUGUCGGAGCAGAUGGUGGAUAACGCUACCAUCAAUGGAGGCACGCACCCGGCAUAUCCAUUCCUGACUGGCCACGGUGGUGCAAAUCAGGUUGCCCUAUAUGGUUAUCUUGGAUUGCGAUUAGUAUCGGAUGACAUUCUUCACGUGGAUCCAAAUUUGCCUCCACAGAUCCCAUAUCUGAAGUAUCGUACCUUCUACUGGCGGGGGUGGCCUAUCGAGGCGUGGUCAAACUACACACACACGACCAUCAGCCAUGCCACAGGUAUUCCCCCACUGGAAACCGCCGAUAAGCGAUUCGCCAACAAAACAAUCACGAUCAACUCUGGCUCAGAAGUCGAUGCUACCAUUUAUCACCUUCCCCUCAAGGGUUCUGUUGUCCUUCCCAACCGACAGAGUGGAUCAGAGAACACAGUGGCAGGCAAUCUCGUGCAGUGCCAGGCUGUUUCUUCUUCAGAUGCAUUUGAACCCGGCCAAUUCCCUAUUUCCGCAGUAGAUGGCGCAGCCUCGACGAAAUGGCAACCAUCACUGGCCGCUGAGGUAAACUCCGUGACAGUUUCUUUCGAAGAUGAGGUCGGCGCUAUGGUAUCAGGCUUCUACUUCGAUUGGGCGCAGGCGCCCCCAGUCAAUGCGACAGUGAUCUUCCACAAUAAGACACUGCAAGAUCCCGCAAGGGCGCUUUCCGCUCAAAGCUCGGACUACACAGUUGUCCACAAACUGACAAAUAUCAUUCAAUCAAAUCCAUAUGAUUCUGAGACCACAGACCUCGAUGUCGUUGCCAUUCCUACCGGAAACACAACAAAUGUGACUUUGUCAUCACCCGUACGAGCAGCACGCUAUGCGUCUUUGCUUAUUGUGGGAAACCAAGCACUUGACUCUGUUGAUGUCGAGGCCAAAAAUGGCACUGGCGCCACUGUUGCUGAAUGGGCGAUUCUCGGGCGAGAAAAGAUGCGCUCUGAUUCCUCAGGCCUCAAGUCUGCCAAUAAGAAGAUGAAAGUGCGUGCAGCAGCAGCUCUAUCCGAUAGGAACACCUCAAGGCGUCGACGUUGGUAG